UCCCUCCCUCCUUGAUGAGAGUGGUUGCUUCCGUUGCUAUUGGAGAUAGAAAACACUGGGCCAGCCAGACUAGACUCAAAGGCCCCCGAAGAGCCGCAGCUGCACAUGGAAGAGGUGUGCAAGAGCAUGGGAGACGCCAGGGCAAACCCAGAUUCAAAGGCCUGGACACCCAAAAGACAGAAAUCGUGGCAGGACGUCCAAAUCACUGAUCCUGUGGAUGACCAAGGAUUGCUAGUCACCCACGUUAACCAAACGCAGGAUUUAAUGCGGCUGAAGAACACGGAGGUGAUGUUUGCUAAUUUAAAAGCCACCGACGAUUGGAUUCACGUCUACAGCUUGGCAAACUUGCAACUCUCCCUCGAGGAUUUGAUGAAGAAAGGCACUGCUACGUCGGAGGUGGACAAUGCGGUGGAGUUUACCAAAGAGGAGGUCAACAGUUUCGAAUCUCAAUUACAAAUGGCUAUCGAUCUCUAUGACAAGAGGAUGCAUUGGCUUCUCCGAGGUUCCAAGAAGAUCUUUGGUGUUAUUCAAGGAAACAAACUUGGAGUUUUGAUUGAAACAUCCAGUGUAGGUUAUGGAUCCGGAUUGCAAGGACUCCAAAUAGAUCUCUUGGCAUUAAUUAACGAACAGCUGCAUUACAUGAAAAAUCUCUACUUUAUUUCCUUUGGAAGUGAGACCUCAGCCCUGUGGGAGGAACCACGCACAGUCAGUGGGGACCGAUUAAAUGAAGCCAGGCAGUGGGUCCAGGAGCUGGAACCCACCAGAGGCUGUAAUUUGCUAAAAGCUUUAAAGAAAGUCCUGGAGAUGAGAGAACUGGAUUCGCUGGCGAUCAUAGUAGGAAGCUGUCCGGACCAAGCUCCAGAAAUUUUGUCGGAUUACAUCCAACAGUGCUCGGCUGGAAGACGUUUGCUGGUUCACACCGUGGCAUACAACUGCAGCAGCGAGGCACCUCCGGCUGUUGUCAAAAGUUUAGCAGAAGAGGUGAGAGGCCGUUACCAUUGCUACUCGGGAAAAAUGGAGAGUUGUAACAGCACGGAUAUUCACCUGGUUUUUUCCGAGCGGCAGAAAGCCGACAGCUUGCUCAAGAUCGUGAACGAGAUCUACGAGGGCAAGAUGGGUGACUCGCUUUUCAAUUUAGUGACAAACAGUUCGACGGAACGUGUUAAAGCGUCAUCUCUGGUACACCUGUCCAAGCCAUUCCAACAUGAACGCCUCCUUGCAAUCCAGACCCCCAACUUCUUGGCCAAAUCCUCCGCGGAGUGGUUGAAAACCAAUGGAUUGCGAGCCAAGAAACUCAGCCUUUACCAAGUCUUAGCACCCAACGCUUUCUCGCCCGUGGAAGAAUUUGUGCCGGUCCUUCGGAAAACGGUCUCGUCCACUCUGCAUGGGAAAGCCAUGAUGCAGUUUGAAUGGCACAAUGGGACCGUGAAAAAUGUUCACGUCGACCCUCCGAUAUUAUACAAUUACCAGAAGCAACUCAGGCACAUGGUGAAGCUGUACGAGCAACGCAUUGAUUGGCUGUCUCUUUCCAGCAGAAGAAUUUGGGGGACAGUUUGUGAAAAGAGGGUGGUGGUCCUGGUUGACAUCUCCAAAAUGAAUUCGCCUUACAUCUUUCACAUCCAACAUUCUUUACGUCUUUUGCUGGAAGAGCAAAUGGCAAGCAAGGAUCUGUUUAACAUCCUGACCUUUGGAAGCGAUGUCAUGGCUUGGCAACCUGAAAUGGUCCCACCUCAUCCAGACAACUUACAGAGUGCUUGGAGAUGGGUGUUGUGUCUACAUUGUAAGGGCUCCAGAAAUGUUCUGAAGGCCCUCAAAAGAGCCGUGGAGGUGAAUUUCAAAGAUAAAGACAGACACAAAUCUCAAGGCCUGUAUCUGCUGGCGGCUGGAGUGCCUGAUCAGGAGACGCACCUCAUGUCUUCUUACCUGCUUGAAGUCUGUGGGGGCUGUGACCUGCAACUCCACGUCUGCCUCUUCAGCGUUCGCGCUUUUUCGUUUGAAGACGACCUGCCACCACGUUACGCAAGUCCCGAAGAAACCGCCACCGCUUACAAAGACCUGGUCCAGGCCGCCAACGGACGCUUUCAUUGGUUCGGAGAGACAGGUAUCAACGAAAGCGAUGACAUCAGCCUUAUCCUAUCUGAAAUGGAGAAAGCAGUUCAUUACUCGCACAAGUGUGCCAUGUUAGUGGAAUCUUUAAGGCAGAAAUCAGGGAACUUUUCAAGGAACCAGUCAUCUUCUACAACAGAUGACCUCUCAUCACUAAAGAAGGAAGAGAAGAAGACCGGACUUUCAAAAGUACCGUUUCCAAAGCCGACAGCCCUCUCCCUUGCCAGGAUGCACCAAGAUGGCGACAAGAUCGGUAGCCCCAAAGCCCUUUCCUGGCGCCCUCCGAGUAGCAAAGCGGAAAUCCCACCAGUUCAGCCCAUAAAAGAGAUUUUCCUGGCCAGAAGAAAACUGAACCCCAAGGCAAAAAAACAGCUAGUGACGUCAAUCUCUUGGUUGGAUCACAGCCGAGGCAAAAACAUAGAGACGGUUUUCAAAAAGAGCGGGAAUAGGUUGAUCCCUUCGGUGGGGUUGCCAAACGAGGAAGAAAUCUGCUCCACCAAGACGUGGCUCGGCAAAUGCAGCCUGAAAAAGCUAAAAUUAGAUUUGCCCAGUCUCGUUUUUGGACCCGGGAGCAUCCAUCGGAAGGAGAUGGUGGAAUCGUUGCACAAGAAAGUUUCGGCAAAAUAUUGCGACAUUUUCCCAAGUGUAGAAAUGGAAGGGAUGGUGAAGCAUCUGCACCUUCAACCCAAGGAUUUGGAUGACUACAUCGAACAGCUGGAGAGAGUGUUACGAUGCUAUGUCCGAAGACUACAGUGGCUUCUCUCGGGCAGCCGCCGAUUCUUUGGGGUCAUCUUGGAAGCCAACGUUUGCCUUCUCAUUGACACAUCUGGUUCCAUGGAGCACUCCUUGAGUCUGGUUGCCAAAGAGCUCACCUCCCUUAUUUGGGAACAGCUGAGGAAGAAGGCCACCAAGUUCAACCUCAUCGCUUUUGCAGAAGGGGUCCAACUUUGGCAGGAGUGCCUUGUGGAGGCCACGGAUGAAAUGUGCCACCAGGCUGCCCAGUGGGUAUCCCUCUUUCAGGCUCAUGGGAAUACAUCCAUUCUGAAGGCUUUACAGAGAGCGCUUAGUCUGGAAAAUGUCGAAGGCCUGUACAUUUUGACGGAUGGAAAACCUGACACCAGUUGCAGCUUAAUUCUCAAAGAAAUUGAAGCGCUUACGAAGAAUCGCGCUGUUACCAUCCACACCAUUUCUUUCAAUUGCACCGACAGAGUGGCCAACGACUUUCUCAAGAAACUCGCCUUCCAGACCGGUGGACGCUACCAUCGUUGCCAUGGAGAUGUGGACGGACAGUUGGCCGCACACCAGCUGCUUUCGCAAGGCUAUAAAGAUGAGGAGGAUCCUGUUUUCCCCUUGUUCGAAGGUGACGAUUUGAAGAAGCUUGUCGAAGAAAUAGACAAAGCUAGGAAAUACUUAACACAGGCAAAGAUGUUUAGAUCACUUUUAGAUAAAAAGAACACAAAUGACAAGAACCAUCUCCCUUAAUACAGUUGCUUCCAGAUCCAGCAAAGGAGUUCUGUUUUAUUUUUUUCAUAAACCUGCUGCUAUAAUAUCCCCGGUUGGCAAAUCGUCCUUCAUUUCCAUGGGAAUUCUAGAACGAAAACAAAAGAAACUUGAAAAAUCUUUCAACUUUUUGCAUCACCCUUAAUCUCAGUACACCUUUUUUCUCUUCUUCAUCACCACCUCCCCCCACAAACGAUGGAUCCUAGGUGAUCUUGUUAAUCUUUUCAGCUUUGCCAAAUGCGAUAAGUACGGGGUGCUCACAUCACUAUAGUUUUAUAAGUUUGCUUAUGGAGUAAACACUUUUUGAAGGUGAAAGAGGUUGUCUCCAAAAGCUGUUUUUUGGGGGGGGUUUUGGGAUGGGGGAAAACUUCAUUUCCCACAAUUCCCAUCACCUUCUAGAUUUGGGGCUUGCUUGCUUUUCUCAAACUCAUAAAGGAGAGCAAAAUGUAAGAUGAGGUUUCUUCAAAUGGAUUCUCCAAAUUGCUGACCGGAGAUCAACAUUCCCGGAAACAUUUGACGAUAUUGAUUCCAUCAUCCCGCGUCAGACAUCCAGUGGAAAAGAUUAAUGAAAAUAUCUAUGGAGAUUCUCCGUUAUCCUGGUCACAGUUGCCCCAAAGGCGCUUUUUCAAAAGGCAACUGGGCUGUCUUUGUUUUUCCUUGAAGACAUUUUGCUUCGCGUCAAAGAAACUUCUUCAGUUCUUCUUCUGCAUCCAAAAACAUCAGUUCGGUUGUUCUCAUCCAAGAAGCUGUGAAGAACUGAAGAAACUUCUCGGGUGAAAAGCGAAACGCCUUCAAGAAAAAAACCAAGAAAGUCCAAUUGCCUUUUGAAAAAGCAACUUUGGGGUUAGAGAGAACGUGUGUGGCCAAGUACCAAUCUAAGCUGUUAUACUGUGCGGUGCAGCGAAUAAAACAGAACUUGCAAACCCAGAUAUAUGGUACUAUCUAAGAAACAAAAAACUGCAUUUUUAAAAAUUCUGCCAGUGUUCUGCUAGAACUAUACUAUAUACACUACUACUGCUAGAACUAACAUUCUGCUAGAACUAUACUUCUCCUUGAUUAAAAAGGAAGAAUAAAUCCACUGCUCUAUCACCACAUUUCUUUUGGAAAGACAGAGAACAUUUUGAAUGUCAUGAUCCUUUUUGUGUCAAUAAAGUUUG